AUGAGUGAUCAAUUGUAUACUCCUCAAGUUGCAAAUGAUCGUAAGCCAGAAAUCGGAAUGAAGUUUGCAUCAAUAGAUGAUGCGUUUGCAUUCUACAAUCAGUAUGCACGUGAAGCAGGUUUUAGCGCAAGAUACAGCAAUAGUAAAAAGAACAAGGUGACAAAUGAGGUUGUUUGGAAACAAUUUGUUUGCUUUAAAGCGGGUCAGACUGAUAAAGUUCAUUCAGUGAAAAGAGCAUUGAGUGGUGACCCGAUUAAGACAAGAACUCGUGGUAAAGUUAGAACUGAUUGUAAGGCAAAGAUGUCUAUUAUCAAGCAACAAACUGGAUCUGAUUGGAGUGUAAGUGUUUUCACAGAAGGUCAUAAUCAUGGACUUUCUACACCUUCAAAGGUGCAUUUGCUUCGGUCACACCGUAGUGUUUCUGCUGUGAAGAAAGUGUUGACUCAAAAAUUUUCAAAAGCUAAUAUACCUACUUGUCACCAAUUGCAACUAUUAGAGAUAGAGUGCGGUGGGCCGGAAAAUGUAGGUUGCACAGAAAGAGAUAUUAGAAACUUUGAGAGAGAUUUAAGGGAUGAACAAAAGGGUAUUGAUGCAGAAACUGUGAUAGAAUUCUUUACCUCCGAGAAAGAGAAGGAUUCAACAUUUUUCUUUGACUAUGAGACAGAUUUAGGUAACAUGUUUAAACGAUGUUUUUGGGCAGAUUCUAGAUCAAGGAUGGCGUAUGGUGUAUUUGGUGAUGUGGUUGUGUUUGAUUCCACUUAUAACACCAAUAAGUAUGGAAUGAUUUUUACACCUUUCGUAGGGGUUAAUCAUCAUCAUCAAACAAUAGUUUUUGGAUGCGGAUUUUUAAGUGAUGAGAAGACUGAUUCAUAUAUAUUUGGCUGCUUAACAAGUUUUUAG